AUGUCUCUCUCCAACAAGCUGAACAUCACCGACGUCGACCUCAAGGACAAGCGAGUCCUGAUCCGGGUCGACUUCAACGUCCCCCUCGACGAGAACAAGAAUGUCACCAACCCGCAGCGCAUUGUCGGUGCCCUGCCCACCAUCAAGUAUGCCAUUGACAACGGCGCCAAGGCUGUGGUGUUGAUGUCCCACCUGGGUCGCCCGGACGGCAAGCCCAACCCCAAGUACAGCCUGAAGCCCGUCGUGCCCGUGCUGGAGAAGCUGCUGGGCAAGAGCGUGGCCUUCACUGAGGACUCCGUCGGCCCACAGACCGAGGAGACCGUGAACAAGGCGUCCGGUGGCCAGGUCGUUCUGCUGGAGAACCUGCGUUUCCACGCCGAGGAGGAGGGCAGCUCCAAGGACGCCGAGGGCAAGAAGGUCAAGGCCGACAAGGAGAAGGUCGCCGAGUUCCGCAAGGGACUGACGGCGCUGGGUGACAUCUACAUCAACGAUGCAUUCGGUACCGCACACCGUGCACACAGCUCGAUGGUUGGUGUCGAGCUGCCCCAAAAGGCCGCCGGUUUCCUCGUGAAGAAGGAGCUGGAAUACUUCGCCAAGGCCCUGGAGAACCCUCAGCGCCCCUUCCUGGCCAUUCUGGGAGGCGCCAAGGUGUCGGACAAGAUCCAGCUGAUCGACAACCUGCUGCCCAAGGUGGACAGCCUGAUCAUCACGGGUGGCAUGGCUUUCACUUUCAAGAAGACGCUUGAGAACGUCAAGAUCGGCAACAGUCUGUUCGACGAGGCCGGAAGCAAGAUCGUCGGCGACAUCGUCGAGAAGGCCAAGAAGAACAACGUCGAGAUCGUCCUGCCCGUCGACUACGUGACCGCCGACAAGUUCGCCGCGGAUGCCAAUGUCGGCUCGGCCACGGACGCCGACGGCAUCCCCGACGGCACCAUGGGUCUGGAUGUUGGCCCCGAGAGUGUCAAGAAGUACCAGAAAACCAUCGGCGAGGCCAAGACUAUCCUGUGGAACGGCCCCCCCGGUGUCUUCGAGAUGAAGCCCUUCGCCAAGGCCACCGAGGACACGCUCGAGGCCGUGGUCAAGGCCGCCCAGUCUGGCUCGAUUGUCAUCAUCGGCGGUGGUGACACCGCCACCGUUGCCGCCAAGUACAACGCCGAGGACAAGCUCUCGCACGUCUCGACCGGUGGCGGUGCCUCGCUCGAGCUUCUGGAGGGCAAGGAGCUGCCCGGUGUUGCUGCUCUGUCCAGUAAGUAA